UGCGGGUGCGCGCGGGGCUGGUGCGGCGCGGCGCGGCGGCCCAGGCAGUGCGCCUGUGCGGCCCUGCAUCCCGAUGGAGCGCGGCGGAGGCUGCGGGGAGGGAGCUGGGACGGAGGGGACUGCGCGGGGGCCUCCGCUCCCUGGGAAGAUGGCCGAACCUAGCGCGGUGCGGACGUCGCCGCCCAACCACCGGCUUUCAGGCAUGGAUGGGUUUUUAAAAACCGAUGAGAGACAAAGACUAGCUAAAGAAAGAAGAGAAGAAAGAGAAAAAUAUCUUGCUGCCCGGGAGCAGCAGAUCCUAGAGAAGCAGAAAAGAGCCAAGCUCCAGUACGAAAAGCAAAUUGAGGAGCGAUGGCGGAAACUGGAGGAGCAGCGGCAGCGAGAGGACCAGAAGAGGGCUGCAGUGGAAGAGAAGAGGAGACAGAAGCUGCGGGAGGACGAGGAGCGGCUGGAGGCGAUGAUACGCCGUUCCAUGGAGCGCACACAGCAGCUGGAGCUGAAGAAGAAGUGCUCUUGGGGAGCAUCACUGGCCGCAGGGCCUGGAGGACAUGACGGUGAAUCAGAAAAUGCCCCACCCCCUCCUCUAGGUUUAGCAGCCAGCACCCUCCCUCUGGACGCAGGAACCGCUGCCGCCACUGCCGAGCCCACCAACGCAUGUGACAAACUGUCAACAUCAACCAUGAAUUUGCCAAAGCAGACGGAGCCUCCCAUGAGUAAGCGCCUGUCUUCAUCCACCGUGGCAAUAUCCUAUUCCCCAGACCGAGCUCAUCGCAUGCACCUUAGUCCCACGGAAACCUUUCUUGUUAUGCGACUGUUGACACCUACACAGGCUUCUUUAGCCAGAAGCAGAAGUACAUUCAUGCUCUCUGAGCAGGCCAAUGACUCAGUAUUCCAUGCCUGUCCUCGUGUAGCUCCUGCCGGCCCUCUUAAAUCUUACAAGUCUUCUCCCACUCGGAGCACUGAGAGGAAGAAGUCUACAUCUACAUCCAGCGUAGGAGAUGCUGGGAAAGCGGCCACUGAAGGAGCCGAGGCCUCUCCGACAGAGAAGAUGAAGAGGGGGCCACGAACAACAACUUCCACUCCCAGCAUGUCUCCCGGGUCCCCCAUGAGAAGAUGCGAAUUUCCAGGAGGCGUUGCUAAGAGGUCAUCUUCUCCUGUGACAUCCAAGACAACUUCAAAGGCAUAUCCUCAGUCUCCAAAGAAUGCGAAGCCGCCAUACCUGGGGUCUCCCGUGAAGUACCGCUUACCUUCCUUGCCUAGCCAGGAAACGCCCAAGAAGAAAGCAGAGAAAGAAAAGAGCAACAAGGAAAGGGAAGGGGCCCUGGCUCAACGGGCCACCGGCCCACUCGCGGAGGAUGCCCCAGAGAAGCACGUGGUGGACAAGCACGUCACAGAGAAGCCAGCGGCCGCGGGAGGGAAGGCCGAGAGCGGUGGAGCUUCAGGGAAGCCCACAGCAGGCACCACCGAUGCAGGAGAGGCUGCAAAGAUCCUGGCUGAGAAGAGACGACUGGUCCGGCUGCUGAAGGAGCAGGAGGAGCAGGAGCGGCUGGAGAAGGAGCAACAAGACCGGCUGGAGAGAGAGGAAUUGAAGAGAAAGGCGGAGGAGGAAAGACUUCGCCUAGAAGAGGAAGCCCGUAAACAGGAAGAGGAAAAGAAGCGGCAGGAAGAGGAAAAGAAGCGGCAGGAAGAGGAAGAGAAAAGACGGGAGGAAGAGGAGGCCAAGAGGAAGGCCAAGGAAGAGCUGUUGUUGAAAGAAGAGCAAGAAAAAGAAAAACAAGAAAAAGAAAAGCAAGAAAAAGCCAUGAUUGAAAAGCAGAAGGAAGCAGCCGACGCAAAGGCCCAGGAGGCAGCUAAACAGAUGCGUCUAGAAAGAGAACAGAUCAUGCUGCAGAUUGAGCAGGAGCGACUGGAGAGGAAGAAGAGAAUAGAUGAAAUCAUGAAGAGAACAAGGAAGAGUGACGUGUCUCCAGAAGUGAAGAAAGAAGACCUGAAAGUGGAGCUUCAGCCUGCUGUGCGUGUGGAAAAUAAGACAAAGCCAGUUGUCCCAGACAAAAUAGAAAUCAAUGGAUUGAGCACCUGCCAGGAAGUUAACGGCGUGGGGCGGGCUGCCCCAGAAACUUUCCCCCGAGACGUUUUCUCCAAUGGGCUUAAACCAGUUGGGGGACUUGUUCAUCUGGAAGCUCUUGAUGGGAAAUCAAACAGUCUGGAUGACUCAACUGAAGAAGUUCAGUCUAUGGAUGUGAGUCCUGUUUCAAAAGAAGAGCUUAUCUCCAUCCCAGAAUUUUCACCAGUGAGUGAAAUGAUUCCUGGGGUGUCUCUGGACCAAAAUGGAACUGGUAAUGCCCGAGCUCUGCAAGAUCUCUUAGAUUUCACCGGCCCCCCCAUGUUCCCCAAGAGAUCCAGUGAAAAUCUCAGCCUGGAUGACUGUAACAAAAACCUGAUCGAAGGAUUUAACAGUCCCAGCCAAGAAAAUGCCCUGAACACCUUCUGUUGACAAAUACAACAUCUCUUUAAUGAAAGGUGGUGUUUGGAGAAUCCCUGAAGCUGCUGGUGGUCAGAUCUGCUGCCGGCCCUCGGAGGAAGCUCCUGCUGUCCUAACCACUGGAUUCCAAAGUGUUAGAUCCAAACGUAAAUGUAUUCCUAGUUAGUAUGUCAAACACUGGCCACCCUUGGUUAGAGACCUUGCGGCCGUUAGCCUUGUCGGGCUUUAGCAAAGUUUCAUGUUACAGUUCUAUUUAUGAGCUUCUGCUGCUGAUAAAGCGCUUCCUGUACUACUUACUCUAUUAUCAUAGUGAUCCUCCCAAACGCAGCCUUUCUUUCCUACUUGGAAAUUCAUCUUGUAACCAUUCUUAUUCCCAAAGUUGGAGCACAUGAACAUUUAGAUGUUUCCUGUAAAUAUUCUAGACAUUUACCCAGACUCUCCUUAAACAUAUACUGAACUUGGGCUGCAUAUCUCCUUAUGUGUGUUUAAAAGGAGAAGAAAUUCUGGAGGGUUCCCCCCCCUGGGGUUUCUUUGUUGGGCAGUUACUAUUAUGAAGCUGUUUUUCAUUAUUAAGCUUAAUCACCUGCAAAAUGUGUUGCCCGGCUACUCCUUGGGGGGGCUAACAAUAAACCUGGUUGAGUAAGGAAGCCAUUAAACAGUGUGAAGUGAUGUCUGUUUUCUUAUGCAUAUUCUUAUAGACACGGGCAGCUGAAUCUAGCAAAAAACUUUUCAUGUGGCACCUUAAAAUCUCCAAGCUGUAGUCACUCCAAACCAUCCAGUGGCUUUUGGACUGAAUGAAUUGUGUGUCUCAUGCACAGGUGUUGUUUGGUUUUCAUGUUGUUGCUAUUGUUUUUCUCUUGUAUCUUGGGGAUUUGUUUGUUUGCUCCUGUAUUUGCUCAACUCUGGUAAAACCAGGCACAAAUGAAAAUCUUAUGCUCUUAAACAAGGAGGCCCUGAACUGGACCAAGUAUGUCACUUUAACAGACUUGAACUUAAAAUCAUCUGAACGGGGGACAAAUGACGCUAGAAUGUAUACUCCAUGCAUUUUAUGCCAUAUAAUAAGGUGUUGUUUUUUUUAUUUUGUUAUUUUGUGGUGAAAUGUGACUUUCAGAUUAAAAUGAUCUUUUCUUCUUUGAAACUUUUUUUUGAUUCGUACAGUAGAGAGCUCGGAAAGACGUCUCAGUAGUAAUCAUCUUGUUUAUGUGCUUUGAAAACCAGCUACAGUUUAAGACUUUAUUAGUUAUGGAAACUGUGUAUGUUUGUGUAUGUGUAUAUACUAAAUAAAAUAUAUGCCUACACUAAUGCAGUGCCACUGAUCGUGAUGACUGUCGGGGAAAAUCUCUUAUGACAAGCACACGAAAUGAUAGCAUAAUCUGACUUUCCAAAAAAUGCCUCACCAUCUUUCUUUCAGCUUUAUUUUGCUAAAGGUCUGUUUUGUUGUGAUCUGUUGUACCUCACAAUACCAUUGUGACUGUGGUGAUGCCUCAUUUGCAUGAUGUGUACAUUGUGUUUCACGUGAAAUACAUUUUCACUAACGAGUC